UACAAGUGUCGACUAAUAGGUGGUAUUCAUCGCCGCAGGCUGUCACGGAAACACUCCCACUGUUCGUGAUUUUCUCAUUGCGUGUUGACUUGUUGAGUCACUGAACAAUGGCCAAGAAGAAGAAGAAAGCGCCGGUGGUGGAGACAAUGAGCACGCUGGCGGCGACGGCGCACAGCUCUUCCACGCCUGUCAUUACCUCCUACAGCCGGCAGCGGGCGCCGACCGCACCGGCCGCCGACGCGCCGGCCACGCCCGCCGUCGCCGACGAUGGCGCAGAUUGCGACAUGCGCGCGGCGCGCCACGAGGUGUUCCAGCUAGGCCUGGAGGGCAUGUCGCGCGAGCGGCGCCGCGACGCCCGCCUGCAGCUGCUGGUGCGGCUAGGCGCCAAACCGCCACCGCGCACCGCCACCAACUACCGCCAGCUGAUGGAGGCGGCCAAGGAGCGGCGCGCCGCCGAGCGGGAGGAACGCGAGAAGCUCAAAAAGAGCGGUCUCGCGCUGCCUAGCGUCGAGAUGCUCAAGGACCUGAAGAAGUUCAAGAAGCCGCGUGAUAAGAACCGCGUGCGCGGCUUCGAUGGCCAGCCGGGACGCUUCAAGAAGGGUGUGCAGAUCGUACCGAGGCGCGUGCGCAAGAGCUGAGGGUGGUAUUGGUCUCAGAAAAGGGUGGUAUGUGUUUUUGUUCGUGAUGGGCAGGAUGCUGGCCUCAUAUUUUUUGCUGGUCUUGUGAAGUGCCGCCCGCACGGUGGGCCCAUCAGGGGCAGUGACAAGCAGCAUUCUUUGUCCUGUGCUUUGGAGCUGUUUCUGUGGGAAUCGAGCACCUCAUUAAGAACCAAAUAUAUGUGGUAUAAAAUAA